CUGCGGCACCGUGCGGGCUCCCUAAAAGACCUUUCGCCAGGAACGAUGGCUCAGCCAAUAAACCCAAUGGACGAGCCCAGGUUAUACCAGCAGACUCUGCUCCAGGAUGGCCUGUACGAUCUGCUGGAGAAUGACAAGCUGGUUGACUGCGUGCUGAAGAUCAAAGACAAGGAGUUCCCCUGUCAUCGCCUGGUACUGUGCGCCUGCAGCUCCUACUUCCGCUCCAUCUUUCUAUCUGAUCUGGAGGAGAGCAAGAAGAGAGAAAUUGUCCUGGAGGAUGUGGAGCCCGGCGUCAUGGGUCUGAUCCUCAAGUACCUAUAUACAUCUAAAAUCAACGUGACGGAGCAGAAUGUCCAGGACAUCUUUGCUGUGGCUAAUGUGUACCAGAUUCCCUCUAUUUUCACUGUGUGUGUCUCUUUCCUACAAAAACGUCUCAGCCUCAGCAACUGCCUGGCUAUCUUCAGACUUGGUUUGAUGCUGGACUGUCCAAGGUUGGCCAUCUCUGCCCGAAACUACGCCUGUGAACGCUUCCAGCUCAUCUCAAGAGAUGAGGACUUCCUCCAGCUCCUUCCCAGUGAGCUGGCAGCCAUUCUAAUGAAUGACAAUUUGAACGUGGAGUCAGAGGAGACAGUGUUUGAAGUUCUCAUGAACUGGGUGUCCCGGGAUGUCGAAAGCAGAGAGAAAGAACUCCCGGGUUUGAUAGACUGCGUUCGCUUGCGUCUCGUCACUGACGACUAUCUGAAAGAAAAAGUAGAGAAGCACAAAUUUAUUUCAUCCAACCCCGAGCUGCAACAGAAACUCCAGCUGGUUUGGAAUGCUCGUGCAGGUAAAAUGCCUGAGGUUAGAAAAGGAGAAACGGAGGAGAGUGGAGCUGAAAAAGACGGAGAGAGUCAAGACAAAGGGGAGGAUGAAAGUCUUCUUCCUGGGAUUCUCAAUGAUAACCUAAGAUUCGGGAUGUUUGCCAGGGAUUUGAUCUUAAUGGUAAACGAAACAGGCGCUGUAGCUUACGACCCAGCGGGAAACGACUGCUUUGUGGCAUCAAUCUCUACACAGAUACCCAAGAACCACAUAAGCCUGGUAACCAGGGAGAACCAAGUCUUUGUGGCUGGGGGAUUAUUUUUUGAUGAACAGAACAAGGAUGAGCCUCUUUGCUCCUACUUCUUGCAGUAUGACCCCGUCAGUGCUGACUGGUUAGGGAUGCCUCCCCUCCCGUCUCCACGCUUCUUGUUUGGACUGGCUGAGGCUGAGAAUUCCAUCUUUGUGUUGGGAGGGAGGGAGCUGAAGGAGCAGGAGUGUACUUUGGAUUCAGUUUUGGUCUAUGACAGGCUCUCCUUUAAGUGGGGGGAGUCAGAAUCACUUCCAUACCCGGUCUAUGGACAUGCAACAGUAUCACACAAUGAAUUUGUGUAUGUUCUUGGGGGAAAGGGAGACAACAAGAGCUGUCUGAACAAGCUGUGUGCAUAUAAUGCCAAGAGAUUUGAAUGGAAGGAGCUCUCUCCCAUGAAGACUGCGCGGUCCUUAUUCGGGGCAACUGUUCAUGAAGGCAAAAUAUAUGUGGCAGCAGGAGUCACCGACAACGGCCUCACAGACUCUGUGGAAGUGUAUGACAUGGCUACCAACAAGUGGUCGGACUUUGUGCCAUUUCCUCAGGAGCGCAGCUCUGUGAAUCUCGUGUCUUUGGCUGGUUCCCUCUAUGCUGUCGGAGGUUUUGCCAUGAUGCCUGUGGAGGACAGCGACAAGCUCAUUCCCAGAGAGAUGAACGACAUUUGGAGGUAUGUUGAGACGGAGGGGAAGUGGAAAGGGAUCCUCAAAGAGAUCCAAUAUGCAGCUGGGGCCACAGUUUUGGGGGUUCGUUUGAACACUCUGCGUCUCACCAAGAUAUGA